AUGGUACAGCUGAGAUCGACGUGCAUAUUGGCCUUGAUGGUGGUGGUUGUUUACGGUGUAGAUACGAUGGAGAAGCGACGCAACGGCAGACCCAUGAACCCAUACUCGUGGCAGAAUCGCGGCUACAAAAUCAAACGGAGUUUGGAACAACAAGUGGAAUCGGAAAAUGAUUAUUUGCCUGAGGGGAAACGAGCUCCAACGCCACGAAACCCUUACUCAUGGCUAGCCAGGUCACAAAAAGAGGUAUGUAAUUGUUUUUUCUUACUGUAUUUUUUAUUUUAAUGUGUUUUUUGAGCUGAAAGUUGUUAAAAAAUCAAAAUUAAAGCAAAAUUUUGACAGAAAAACAGUUUUUAAACUUACAUUGUUACUUUCAAUGAUUUUUUAAUGUUUAGUACACCUUAGUAUACCUAGAACGUGUAACAUAAGUUGUUUUUAUUCUCUUAUAGCUUAGUAAACAACAAUAAUAGUAAAUCACACGAAUGCCUACUAGUAAUCGUAUGUCACUCUGAUCACUUUCAAAGUGACAACACUUUUUGUUAGUCUAUUUUUAACUCGUCAAUCUGACGAGGAACAAGAGCCGAGCUAUACUCUAAGCGGACAAAAAACAAUACUAGACUAUAAACUGCCUUUCAGUAGGGAAAGGGUAGCAAAACAGAUAUUUUAGGUAACAAAAUAGAUUUAAAAAUAAUUUUUAGGUUUUAGAAGUUACAAUUUUCAAAAUUAUGUAAUAACGACUGUAGUAUGAAACAAAAGCAUAUUUUUUUAAAUGUAUUACGCUACCACAACUUAAAUUUUAAUCAUAAUAUUACCCUACCUCCACCUUCAGAACUCUUACGAAAAGCGAACCCGAAACCCCUACUUCUGGAACAAUCAGGACUUUCUCCUGGAUUCGCUGUUCCGUUCCGAAUCCAAGAAGUCACCAUACAUGGCCUUCAACGGGCGACGAGCACGGAAUCCGUACUCGUGGAUGAACUUUGUGUAA